AUGAAGUCUCUCUCGCUCUUUUUACCUCUCGCUUGCCUCGCUGCGGCGUCGCCCGUGGUGCUCGACCAGCAUGCAUUCCAACACUCGGCAAGUGAACCUGGCUUUCAUUUAGAUCUAAGCGCCCAGAGACUCGUCCAAACGGAGGGGCAAGCCCCGGUUUGGAUGACUGAACUAGAUAAGAUCAAGCUGAAAGCUCAAGGCGCCAAGUUCUUCGACAUCACCGACUCCCAGGACUUGGAAUCCUUUGCCUUCGCACGGAUCCGCCGCAAGUCUCCGUAUCCGUCACCGAACGCCACUGAGAAAGUGAAGCCUAUUUUGAGGACGCUAUCUACUAAAGGUCCAAAGGAGAACUUGGAGAAAUUCAGUAGCUUUCGAACAAGGUAUUACCGCAGUGACACCGGGAAGCAAAGCCAACAAUGGCUUCUCGCAAAGAUAUCCGAGAUAACUGACCUAUGGAGUCCGGCGUCUCUACGAACUCGCAUCAGUUUUUCGGAGUUCCCUCAUUCUUGGGGCCAGAACAGUAUCAUUGUACGUAUCAAUGGAACAGACGCAAGCGAGGACGUCAUCGUUAUAUCCGCGCAUCAGGAUAGCACUAACAUGUGGCCGUUCCUACCCGCUCCUGGUGCCGACGAUGACGGCUCCGGUAGUGUCACUAUUCUUGAAUCAUAUCGAGCACUACUCGCUGCCAAUUUCCACCCGAAGAAGACUGUUGAAUUCCACUGGUACUCCGCUGAGGAAGGGGGCCUUCUAGGUUCUCAGGCCGUUGCGCGUGACUAUGCUUCGCGAUCUGUGAAUGUUAUCGCUAUGAGCCAGUUCGACAUGACUGCAUGGGUUAAGUGUGGUACUCGGGAAGAGGUCGGAAUCAUCACCGACUACGUCGACGCGGACCUCACGCAGUUCAACAAAGAUCUUGUUGAAACAUACCUAGACAUCCCUUACGUGGAGACGGCGUGCGGAUAUGCUUGUAGUGAUCAUGCAUCUUGGGGCAAGGCAGGAUACCCAAGUGCUUUCACAAUAGAGAGCACCUUUGAGAAUUCGAACAAGAACAUUCAUUCCACGAACGAUCGGAUCGACAUCUCGGAUGAAUUCAGCUUCACUCAUAUGCUAGAAUUUUCCAAGCUUGCUGUCGCUUUCGCUGUUGAGCUUGGUGGAUGGUCUGAUUAG